AUGCGCAUGCUCAGACCAACCGCCCACCGUUUCCUCGAGGACGGUACCAACAUCUUUGCUUUGAUUCCGCACAGGUGUUACCGGCUUUGCUCUGCCUCAGUGGUCUUCUUCUGACCCGCGAUGUCUCGCCUGCUGUUGCUCUGUCCUUCCCUUCUCCACCACCACGUCAUCUUCUUCUUGAAACCUGGCGGUCGCCUCACCCACUCAGGACAGCCACGCCACCGAGUUCUGUCACCCACGGAAUCAGCUGUUGGAAUUGCAGUGUUUUUUACGACCUUUUUCAUCCCCGCUGCAUAUGUGCUAAGCAACCUGAACCAGUUCAAAAGACAGUAGAUGCAAGAUGACGUUGAGCAUCACUGCAGGUCCAAAAUGCCUUCAUUAAAAGCAUUUACACGAAAAAAUUGCUUCGUUGAACCUAUUGUGAAUAUUCAUAACUGUAUGUCUGUGUGUUCUGCACUUUUUUUCUGACUGUGCAUUAUAUGGAUGGCAAAAAUAAUCUGCCUAAGUGUUAAGUAAAACAGAAACACUUGUUUGUGCUUA